UAUAACUAAAUUAUGUAAAAAGUCUAGAUCGUAGUGAGCUUUCAUUCUCCUGCAUUAUGUAAAGUUUUUAGGAUAGCUUCAGUUAUUAACUUCUCCGAUGAAACUGCGAAAAAAAUUAUUUUCGCGAAGAAACAAAUUAUAAAAUAAAUAAAGAAGAGUUUAUUCAGCGAGUAGCUUAUCUGGCAUUAAUGAGCUGCGAUCAGAGUUUGUCUUACAUAUUUGAACAUCGUAAGCAAAAUUUAAUGCACAAUUAUCAUAUAAAAGAGGCGUCCAGAUUCUACCAGCUCAAGCUUACCUUUAAUCUCGUUCCGUGACGCCUGUUAAUCGGAAAAUGGAAAAUGAAAUACUCGUCGCGAUAUUUUUUGCCCUCUGGGCGAUCAUUCAAAUUUCGGCAUCUCCAACUUACGGCCCAUUAGUCAUCACUGAAUUUCAAAAAAUAAGAGGUCGAUGGAACGUAUCGUACGCGGGAAGGCCGUACAAAAUAUUCGAAGGUAUUCCAUACGCCGAGCCACCGGUGGGCGAACUACGUUUUAAGCCUCCGCAACCAAUCACCAAACAUCGCGACGAAGUUGUCCUCGCGAGGCAAGAGCCAAAUAAAUGCAUCCAGUACGACUACCAGACGGGGCUUAUCGAAGGAGUAGAGGACUGUCUGUUCAUGAACAUUUAUGUACCUAUGUUGGAUAAAAAAGAUCCUGCGCCACUUCCGGUAAUCAUUUGGUUCCACGAAGGUGCUUUCCAACGAGGCGCUGGUACCUACACAAAGGCAAGAUAUAUUAUGGACCGCGACGUCAUAUUGGUGACGUUCAAUUACCGUCUGGGCAUCUUUGGAUUCCUCAGUACGGAGGACAACGUCGCGUCUGGUAAUAUGGCUUUGAAAGAUCAAAACCUCGCUAUAAAAUGGGUAAUCAACAACAUUGCUGCCUUCGGCGGCAAUCCCGACCAGAUUAGUUUAUUCGGUGCUAGUGCUGGCGGCAGCAGCGUACACUUCCAUUACCUAUCAAAAAUGAGCUCCGGUCUAUUCAAAAAUGGAAUAUCCUUUAGUGGCACGGCUCUGUCGCCUUGGGCCUUCGACCCCAAACCUUUGCAAAACGCCAAAAGGUUGGCUGUCAUCGUUAAUUGUACUACGAAAAGCUCUGAGAAGAUGGUCGAAUGCCUGAAGAAAUUGUCUGCGCAAGCUCUCGCUGAGGGAAUGAAAGUAAUGCUGAGGCAAAUCACUGAUCUGAAUUAUUACUAUCCGCUGUUCAUACCUGUCGCCGAAAGAAAUGUAAGUGACUACUUUAUCAGCAAAUCUCCCGAGGAAAUUUUGAAGGAGGGUGACAUCUAUGAUGUGCCAUGGACCAGCGGCGUUGUCAGUGAAGAAGGCGGUUCCACUAUAUCGAGUAUCGCUUUCAAUCUUACUAAGCUGAACUACACCGACACAAACUGGGAGUAUUUGACUCCCUUCACUCUCAUGUACAAUAAAACUCUACCUUUGACUAAACACGCGGAAAUCGCUCGUUUAGCUAGAGAGCAUUAUGUCGGUAAUCUAGAUCCUUUCGAUAAGGAAAGCCAAAAAACCAUCAUGGGUUUGCUGUACAUGAAAACUCACGCAGCCUUUCAUGUUAUUCUGGAAAAGUCUGCAAGAUUGCAAGCUAAAGCUAACAAGAGCCCGGUCUACGCUUAUUAUUACAGCUAUCGAGGAGCUCAGAGUGAAACGGAUUACUUAUCUGGCACCAAGUUCAAUUUUGGCGUUAGUCACUUGGAUGACAUUUUCCUCGUUCUUGAGAACAAGUACAUCGAUCCAACUACGACAGAAGAAGAUAGAAUUAUGUUGGAUGUUAUGUUAGACUUCUGGGUUAAUGCAGCGAAGACAGGAAUACCGAGUUUAUCCGGACACGAACUACCCAGAGUUGAUCCGGAUGAUUUCGAAUUCUCGUACGUCGAAAUAGCUGGUCCGAACAAAUUUUAUCUGCGUAAGACCGAUAAUUUUGCCGAUAAAAAAUUUUGGAAUAAAGUUGGAUAUAAUUUAGAUAUAUAA